AUGCUCGUCAAGACCUUUGUCACGCUAGCCACCCUGGCUCUCGCCUCCGCUGGUCCAGUGCGGAGAGCAAAAGGCCCCGGUUGCGGUACUCAACCCACAAAGCCCACUCUCCCCGUCAACGGCAAUGGAGUUGAACUUUCUCCUCCCGCAGAGAACCUUGUUCUGAAGCACAUCGCCCUCGGCCACGGAAUUCAGAACUAUACCUGCACGGCCAACGGAUCCGACAUCGUCGCCCAGGCCACCGGUGCCCUCGCAGCUCUCUACGACGCAACCUCGCUGUACCCCAACUCAGGCCCUGGCGCCCUUCCCGUCGACGCCUUCAACGCUUUGACAACGAAUGCUGUCUGGGGCACCCAAUUGCCUCUCAACUCUGACGGCGUCUCCAAGUUCGGUGCCUCUGCCACUUCUCCGUUCCCCAACCCCGGCGCCGACCUGCAGCUGCCGAACAUCAAGGCCCUCCCGCACAUCGGCGUUCACUUCUUCGACAGCAACGGCGUUCCAACCUUCAAGGUCGGCGAGGACAUUUUUGCCGGCGGCAAGCUGGAAGGCAUCAAGGCGCCUGCAUCUGCUGACGUCGGCCCCGAGAAGACUGGCGCCGUCGACUGGCUCCUCCUCGGCGACAAGGGCGCAAGCAAGGGCAUCACCACAGUCUACCGCGUUGUCACCGCGGGCGGAGUCGCGCACAAGUGCCAGACUGUUGGUCCCAGCGAGAGCGUCCCCUACGCGACUUACUACUGGUUCUUCGGGCCUAAGGCAUAG